UUCCUGCUCUCUACUCUGAUGGCACUCCUAUUAGCUAGUAUUACCCACCUUCCUCCUCAAAACCCACCCCACCGUCGACCCGACAUCCAAUCACAAUCAAGAAGGUUGAAUAAGUUUCAAUCCAGUUGAGAAAAAUUCACUUCACAGAAUAGGUUAACAUUCAAUUGAUCAACAUCAUCAAGUUAAUUUUACACAAUUUAAUUUGAUUAAACUUUAAUCUCCCAAGUUAAUCAAUCGUUGUUUGUUUUUCUAUCACUCCAAUCCAUCUUUAAUCAUCCUCAUCCUCAUAUUCAUCAUCAUCAUCGUCAUCACCAUUAUCAAUAUCAUCUUCAUGUUCAUCUUAUAAACCAUAUUAUUAUUAAUUAUCUCCAUCUGAUCAACUUAAUUCAACCAAUUAGUUUAUCUUCAUCAAUAAUUAAUUUCCUCUCAAUCAAAUUUAACUGUGAUUCUAUUAAGUGAUUAAUGAUAAUUGAAAAACUAUUAAUUGUUGUCUCUUCAAUAUAAUAUUUCAUUGUUUCUGUUUUUCUAACUCUCCAAUUAAUUGUAAGAACAAGAAAAACUUAAAUAAUUUGAUUACAAUCAACAAAUUGUGCUCAAUUUUGUUCACAUGUUAUUGGUUUUCCAAUAGUUUCAAACAAUUUAUUUUAAUUGUUUCUCCGCUGUGGUUUCUUGUGUUUAUAUUGUUUUUUUUUGCGCUUCUUUCAAUUGUGAUAAUUGUUCAUUCUAAUUAGUGUAAUUAUAAAUGUCAUUAAAUGAUUUUGGGAAUAUGUCAGCCACAAGUCCACUCAGUAUACGACCCUUUUUGACCGGUUACCCUUUUCAAGGUCAAGGAAGAGUGAAUCAACUUGGAGGUGUUUUCAUCAAUGGGCGACCUUUACCUAAUCAUGUACGCUUGAAAAUUGUUGAACUCGCGGCCGCCGGUGUCCGACCUUGUGUUAUAUCCCGACAAUUAAGGGUCUCCCAUGGAUGUGUAUCAAAAAUACUCAAUAGAUAUCAGGAAACGGGAAGCAUUCGUCCAGGAGUGAUUGGCGGAAGUAAACCAAGGAUCGUUUCCCCGGAAGUGGAAAGACGAAUAGAAGAGUAUCGUCGAGAGAAUCCGGGAAUUUUUUCCUGGGAAAUUCGUGAAAAAUUAAUGAAAGAAAAUUUAUGUGAUAGGCAAACGGCUCCAUCUGUAUCCGCUAUAAGUCGAUUACUUCGAGACGGAAAUGGAAAUAAUGGAAAUCCGAGCGGUGGCGGCGGCGGAGGAGGAGGAGGUGGUGGAGGUGGUGGCGGUGGUGGUGGUAACUCAAAUUCAAAUGGAGCCAUGGGAGGAGGAAACGGAAUGGAUUCAAUGUCAACGAAAGCCGGUAAACAUAGCAUUGCGGGGAUUCUUGGUGGUGGUGGUAUCAAUGGUACUCAUGUCAGUGGUGGUGUUAUUUUGAAUGGUUGUGUUAUUGAUAGUGGUGAUGGUGGUGUUUGUAAUGGUGAAGGUGGUAUUGGUGGUGAUGGUGUUGGAGGUGGAGGAGGAGGAGGAGUAGAAGAGGAAAGAGGAGGAGGCAAUAUUAGUGGCGGUGGUAAUAUUUAUGUGGGAGGUUUAGUGACAACUAAUCACCACCACCACUGUCACCUUCAAAUGCCACCUCCACCAGAGUCUUGCAACAAAUCAAGGGAAACAGAUGAAUGUGAUGACGAUGGAUCAGAUUCUGAUACAGAACCUGGAUUAACGUUGAAACGGAAACAAAGACGAUCUCGAACUACAUUUACAGCAAUGCAAUUGGAAGAACUGGAAAAAGCCUUCGAGCGAACUCAAUAUCCGGACAUUUACACGAGGGAAGAACUUGCCCAAAGAACUAAAUUAAGUGAAGCCCGAGUUCAGGUAUGGUUCAGUAAUCGACGAGCUCGUUGGCGGAAACAAAUGGGAAGUCAACAAAUUCAAACCGGAUUUGGUUCACCCUUUGGUUUACCCACAAUGCACCCGAGUUAUAGUUCAUCAUCAGCACCUUCAUACUUCAUACCCACCACACCAUCGAGUGACCCUGUAUCAUAUUCAUCCCUUGGUUCAAGUCAAUCAGGAACAAAUUUACCAAGUAAUUCAACGUGGCCCAGUUGUAGUGAAUCAACUCGACAAACAACAUCAGUUAAUAGUCUAACAACAUCAGCUGAUUGUACUGGUUCAUAUCUAUCAACCGGAAGACUACCCUUCCAAACACAGUUUUCUAAUCCCAACCAUGUACCAACCUCAUUAUCAGCCGUUAGCUCAGGUUAUGGAAACAACAAUUUAACUCCAGUUAGUAGCAGUUACUUUCCAACUAAUCAUGUUUUCUGUAACAAUUUAAUGGACGAUUACGUUGUUUCACCCGAAAUUGGGUCAGUUUCUGGUUCCGUUGGUAUCUAAUGGUCACUUAUUUAGUCCCUGGACUUGCCCUUCCCAAUAAUUAACUAAUUGCUGGAUUAAUGAAAUUACUAUUAUAUUAUAUUAUUAUAUUAUUAUUAUUAAGUAUAAUUAUUAUUAUUAUUAUUAUUAUUGAUAUAAUUGACAUUGAAAUCACAUCAAAAACAAUCAACAAAUUGUCAUCAUCAGCAUCAUUAUCAUCUUCAUCAUUUCCUUUUCCGUUUUUCAUUUUUUUUUGUUCACCAUCAUCAUCGUCAUCAUCAUCAUCAAUUUUAAUUAUUAUGUAUUGAUAAUAUAUAUUAAUUAUAUAAUAGUUAGUUAAUUGCUACCAAAAUCAAUUUCAUUCUUAAAUUAAAUCAACAAAUCAUCAUUUUUUUUGCAUCUUUUUCUUGCAAAACUAAUGAUACAUAUUGACAACAAUUAAUAAAUCGUUGUGGUUUAAUAUUAAUCCAAUGUCAUAUUUAAAUACAUAUAAUUAAUUUUGAGGCAAUUAAUUAUUUUACAACAAUCAAAUGAACCAAAAUAAAAAAAUUAAUUCACAUUCAA